AUGUCAGUGACUGUUGGAGAUAAUGACGAUCUUAUUGCAUUAGAAGGUGGUGAGAAAAAGCUUUCGAAAAAAGAGCUCAAUAAGUUGGCUAAAGCCGCGAAGAAAGCUGAAUUGAAGGCGCAAAAAGCUGCCGAAGGUUUAACGCAGGGAAACGAUGGCGAGAAUGAGGAUGUGUCGGCCGGCUUGUAUGGUAACUACGGCAUGAUCCAGUCGGCUGAUGUGAAAGAUAUUAUGUUCACUCGAGUAUGCAAAAUUGACGUCGAUGGUCAUGGAAAACAGGUAUGGGUGCGGGGUCGUGUACAUGCUAUUCGAAGUAAAGGAAAAACAUGCUUCCUCAUUCUCAGACAGCAAAUAUACACCGUUCAGGUCAUGUUUUUUGUUGGCGACAAAAUUAGCAAGCAAAUGGUCAAAUUCGUUUCAAACAUACCGAAGGAAUCCAUUGUGGAUAUUGAAGGCCGCAUAGAGAAAGUAGAAGAGCAAAUCGAAUCAUGUACUCAGAAAAAUGCCGAGCUUCAUGCGAUGCAGGUUUUCAUUGUGUCUUUGUCGGAACAACGUCUACCACUCCAAAUUGAAGAUGCCAGCCGUCGACAUGACAGUGCUGAUGGACUUGCUGCCGUCAAUCUAGACACGAGGCUUGAUAACCGCGUUCUCGAUUUGCGCACAGCAACAUCGCAGGGAAUUUUUUCCAUACAAGCUGGUGUCUGUAAGCUAUUUCGUGAUACCCUCAAUCAGAGAGGGUUCGUUGAAAUCCACACCCCGAAAAUUAUUUCUGCUGCAAGUGAAGGAGGAGCUAAUGUUUUCACGGUCUCGUAUUUCAAGAGCUCGGCAUACUUGGCCCAAUCUCCUCAACUUUACAAGCAAAUGGUGAUUGCAGGAGAUUUUGAGAAGGUUUUCACAAUUGGUGGGGUAUUUCGAGCUGAAGAUUCUAAUACUCAUCGGCAUAUGACCGAAUUCGUGGGACUUGAUUUAGAAAUGGCGUUUAAUUUUCAUUAUCAUGAGGUGUUGCAAACGAUUGGAUCCGUUCUCAUCAGUGUAUUUAAAGGCCUUCAAAGCCAAUAUGCUGAUGAAAUCGAGGCGGUUGGACGACAAUACCCGGCUGAACCAUUUGAGUUUUGUGAGCCUGCACUUGUUUUAACGUAUCCUGAAGCUUUGGCAAUGUUGCGUGAGGAUGGUGUUGAAAUAGGUGAUGAAGAUGACUUGAGUACUCCAGUUGAGAAGCAUUUAGGGCGCAUUGUGAAGAAAAAAUUCAAAACUGAUUUCUUCAUACUGGACAAAUUUCCGCUUGCUGUUCGUCCAUUCUACACCAUGCCAGACCCACAUGAUUCAAGAUAUUCAAACAGUUAUGACAUGUUCAUGAGAGGUGAAGAGAUUCUAUCCGGAGCGCAGCGAAUACACGAUGCCGAAUUCCUGAUUGAACGUGCCAAACACCACAAUAUCGAACUCGAUAAGAUACGAGCCUACAUCGACUCGUUCAGAUAUGGAUGUCCACCACAUGCUGGUGGUGGAAUUGGCCUUGAGCGAGUGACGAUGUUGUUCCUUGGCUUGCAAAACGUUCGCCUCGCUUCAAUGUUCCCUCGCGAUCCGAAAAGAAUCACUCCCUAA